UCUCAAUGUCCACAGGAGAUACGAGGCCUGUGACAAGCUUCUGCGCUGGGGGUCUGCUGUUAAAAUCCAGCUCCAUCUUCUUUAUCCUUUGGGAUAACGAUGACCAAACCGACAAGAGCAUAAUCUACACACUCUAAGCUUUCUCCUGAUCACAAUAUUGUGAUAUUUCGGAUUUAAAUAUAUUAGAAAAGGAAUGGUGAAAAGUGAACUCCGUCGGAAGAAUCCGAAUUCUCUUCAGGGACUCGGGGGGGUUGGGGUCGCAUAAAGAUACAUAGGAUCGCAGCAGUUAAACGACGCGUAAAAAUAUUAAGGUAAACGUGGAUUUAAAGGCCAACGGUAUCUGGUUUUAUAGAAAUUAGCUGAAAUACAAUCAAGGGACUCGUCCGAGAGACACCAAUACACAGCGAUGGAGCUACGAGUUGGAAACAGAUACAGACUUGGUAGAAAAAUUGGAAGUGGAUCAUUUGGAGACAUUUAUCUGGGCACAGACAUUUCAGUUGGAGAAGAAGUGGCCAUCAAACUGGAAUGUGUGAAGACGAAGCACCCACAGCUCCACAUUGAGAGCAAGAUUUACAAGAUGAUGCAGGGUGGAGUUGGCAUUCCUACUAUAAAGUGGUGUGGUGCAGAAGGAGAUUAUAACGUGAUGGUGAUGGAGUUGCUCGGCCCCAGUCUGGAGGAUCUCUUCAAUUUCUGCUCCAGGAAGUUCAGCCUGAAGACUGUCCUGCUGUUGGCUGAUCAGAUGAUUAGCCGCAUUGAGUACAUCCACUCCAAGAACUUCAUUCACAGAGAUGUAAAGCCGGAUAACUUUCUGAUGGGCUUGGGAAAGAAAGGAAACCUGGUCUACAUCAUUGACUUUGGUCUGGCCAAGAAAUACCGUGACGCACGAACACACCAGCACAUUCCCUAUCGAGAGAACAAGAACCUGACGGGCACUGCACGUUACGCAUCCAUCAACACACAUCUUGGCAUUGAGCAGUCUCGGCGGGAUGACCUGGAGUCUCUCGGUUACGUGCUGAUGUACUUCAACUUGGGCUCGCUGCCUUGGCAGGGACUGAAAGCCGCCACCAAGAGACAGAAGUAUGAGCGUAUCAGUGAAAAGAAGAUGUCCACCCCCAUUGAAGUUCUCUGCAAGGGCUACCCAUCUGAAUUUGCUACGUACCUCAACUUUUGCCGAUCACUGCGAUUUGAUGACAAGCCAGACUAUUCGUAUUUGAGGCAACUCUUCAGGAAUCUGUUCCACAGACAGGGCUUUUCCUAUGACUAUGUGUUUGACUGGAACAUGCUUAAAUUUGGCGCCAACCGUACAGCAGAGGAGGCAGAACGUGAGAGGAGAGAGCGAGACGAGCGGAUGAGGCACAGCAGGAAUCCUGCAGCUCGAGGGAUCCCAGCAGCCUCAGGCAGACCCCGCCCCACACAGGACGGAGCUCCGCCCACACCCCUCACCCCCACCUCUCACACAGCAAACACAUCCUCACCGAGACCGGUCACUGGCAUGGAGCGCGAACGGAAGGUCAGCAUGCGGCUUCAUCGUGGCGCCCCAGUGAACGUGUCGUCCUCAGACCUGACGGGGCGACAAGACACCUCCCGCAUGUCCACAUCACAGAAUAGCAUUCCUUUCGAUCACCACGGCAAGUAGUUGAUCAUCACAUCCUUGUGCACCAGAUUGUUUCCAUGUCCCAGAAGCCUCCACUUUGCAAUAUGGAGCACGAUGGGCAACCUAACUACACACGGCUGAUUGACAGCUCUCCACCAUCAGCUAAUAGAUAGGGCGUCAGUCUCUUUCUUCUAUUGACCAAACCAAAAUGGUGUAGAACCAACCUGACCUCUUUGCUUCGGGCUCUCUCUCCUCUUCUUCUUAUCUCAUUUUCUCAGAUUUUUUUUAAAUGUUUUCGUGGAAAUGAGAGCUACAGCCUGUUGGGUUGACCAAUCAGAGACUGGAUCAGCCAGCCACACCAUUGUCAUCUCCUGCUUCCUUCCUUCACAGUUCCUCUCUUACACAUUCAGUGCUGCACAACUUUCUCUGGUUCAGGCUCCUCGCGAUUGAGGCUAAUGUAUCGUCUGUGUGGUUUAAAUGUUUCUUUGUAUUCUGAAUUUGCUUUCGUUUUUUAACCUUGGUUAAACAGACGAGUCCGGGUUCACUUUUAAAUGUUUUUUUUUUUUUACUCUAUUUAUUUUUUAAUAUACAUUUUAAUAACCCUCUGUAGCUGGUGAGGUUCCUUUCCCACGGUGAAGCUGGUGGUAUAGAGUGGACUGCCCACAAAGGCUCCAAAAUCUCAGCAUACAUGGCUGGUAGCAAAUGGACUCCACAGCCUGGUUUUCACUCGUGAACGUCCUCCCAGAGAGACCCUGUGAACCUCAACUGUUUGUCUGCUAUAUUGAUCUCUUUAACUGUACAAAACUGCCUCCCCCAUUAUUGUGUCUUCUGUUUCUAAGCUGUGAUAUAACUGUAAAAUAAUCAUGUAAAUGUUUCCAUGCAACUUUUAGAAAGACUAUGAAAUGACCGCAGAUGGUUUGAGUCUGAAAGUUAUCGACAGUUAUUUUUACCCACGUUUUCACAAAGCCACAACAAUGAAGUGCCAGACUUUGGGGGUUUUCUGCAUUCUGAACUUGAUCUUUGACUCUUGAGGGUGAUGUUUUGAAUCAUGGAGAUCUUCUAAAAAGGUUGGUUAUGUUUUGCUGCAAGUUUGUGUUCUGAUGGUUCAGAUGGUGUUUUGGAAGUGAAAAAUCAUUGGAGAUAUCGAAUGUCUUUGCAAAGGUUGAAAGAAUGAAAACAAAUCAAAGUCUUGCUCUGAUGUUUAGUGAUUUUUUUUUUUCCUUCUUUCUUUACAAAAUAUUCCAGCACUGAUGUGGCUUUUCUAAUGCACAUUGAAAGCUGGUCUGGUCAUCUUUUUCACCUGUUAACUUCCUGGAUAAUAUUUUUCAUCUGAUUCUCCCCCAUUUUGAAGCCCAUGGCUGCUUUGAGCUCCACAUACUUUUGUGGAAGUCAUGCCAAUUUGUCAGUCCUGUAGGAAUUUGUAUUACCACCGUAUUUGUGUAUUUUAAACCAUGUAAAUAAAUGAAUUACUUGUA